AUGAGAAGGCAACAGGCUGAAGAAAAGACCGAUGAUGUUGCUUCAACAUUACGCACUCAUACAGAGACAGCUGCAGCUUCCAGCACUACAAUGAAGAUGAGCAUGGACUCCAACAUAGCAGCAGCCACUGAAAAUGCUGCCACCACUGCCGUUUCCAUAUUGUGUACACAACCAUCAGCACAAUCAACAGAACAAUCACUUUCACCACACUUGAGCACAACUAUAGGCACAGAGAAUGAAGCUGAAGGCAGGGCAUAUGCAGCAGCAGCACUUUCACCCGAACAAAUCCCGAGGUCAUCAUCAUAUCCACCGCCGCUUCCGCUACCACCUAAACAGACAAUGGGGGAGCACCGUCGCAACCGGCCUCCCGGCAUAUUGCGAUUGGAUAUGAAUAAGCCAAGGCGUUCAUCAGGUGGCUCCGUCGAGUUUCGCGCACAACCACAACUGCUUGGCGAGGACAUCACAUCACCAACCAGUGGCAUUAAUUCACCCCAUCAAUUAUCGGUGACUUGGGCUACUCCACCGUAUGACACCAGCGUACCAGACCGGAGACAAAAACCAACCCAACCAAGUGUUGAUGCGGCGGGUAGCAAUAUUUUCGGCGGAACAAUAAGAAGACUCAGCUCACAGGAAGAGAAACCCUACGAUUUUUCGUGCACUUCAUCAAGCCCGAUUGAUGGUAUUGAUUCAGCACACCAAGGUCAAUUGAAUGAAGGUUAUAGUGGUGGUACUAGUGCAAACGAUAGCAAUAACAACAAGCAUAGCGACAACGAAGACGAUGAAGAGGACUAUUCUGUGUCCGUGUCGGCGAUAAUUCAACGACGCGCCAGUGUACGUGGCUACAGGAGUAAACGUGGCAGUCGUUACUCGCGCAGGGCUUCCAGUCCGAUGGAUCAUCUAAUGGACACGGUGGAGCGGCGGCGUUCCAGUAUUUAUACAUCAAGUUCAGAUGAGGGCACAAAUCAGGAGUCAACACAAGAGCAAAUUUUCGAAAACAUUCGUCUACAUAAAGAGGUUAUACAAUCAGUAAAACUACAGCCAUGGCCUAUGAGAAAAAAGCUAAAACUAGUUCGACAGGCCAAGACAUAUGUGGCCCGACACGAAGGAGCUUUACAAGAGAGAUUCGCCAUGUCGCGCAGCACAAAAGAUUUGUGGGCGAGGUUUACAAUUUUAAUGGCAGCGCGUUGGUUGCAUUGGAAGCGCGAAACCGUAAGCUUCCUUACCGUCUUAAUUCCCUGGGAGCUACGCAUCAAGGAGAUCGAGUCGCAUUUCGGUUCCGGCGUCGCAUCCCAUUUCACUUUUCUCCGCUGGCUUAUGUGGGUGAAUACCAUGAUUGCCAUACCGUUGGUGGCGUUCGUCAUAGGGCCUGAGUAUUUUGCAACGAAAAAGGAUGAGACGGAUCCACGUAAACGUAUGACCGAGCAUGAGUAUAAAGUGGCUGGAAAUUUCUUUACGUUUUGGGAGUUUGAAGGUUAUAUUAAAUAUUCGCCAAUGUUUUACGGUUAUUACUCGAAUAUUUCUGGCGCCAGUACAUUGGGUUAUAAAUUACCAAUGGCAUACUUUCUAACAGCUGUUGUCGUUUAUAUUUACAGCUUUGUGGCAACCUUAAGGAAAAUGGCCGAGAACUCAAGAAAUUCCAAACUCUCCUUAAAAGACGAUGAAUGCACUUUCACUUGGAAACUUUUCACUGGUUGGGAUUUCAUGAUUGGCCACGCAGAAACCGCGCACAACAGAAUCGCAUCCGUAGUAGUUGGUUUCAAAGAGGUACUACUCGAAGAGGCCGAAAAGAAGAAGGAUAAUCGCAAUUGGCGCAUAAUACUGCAACGUAUAUUGGUGAAUGUGGUGGUGAUGGGUCUUUUAGCUGCCUCGGCAUACACUGUUGUGAAAUUGGUUAAUAACUCGGAGCAACUGGCGCGUAAUGGCAAUUUGCUGAGUCGCAAUGCGGUUAACAUCACCAUCACGCUUUUGGCGUUUUUUAUGCCAAUGAUAUUUGACGCACUGGGAUUAUUCGAAAAUUGGCAUCCGCGACAACAGUUACGCUUGCAAUUGGCACGCAUUAUGAUACUCAACAUGCUCAACUUGUAUUCGCUGAUGUUCUCCUUCAUCUACAAUAUAAACAGCAAGGAAGGACCCUUGCAGAUGCUCAAGGAGCGUUACGACAACUCAACAAAUGAAAUGAAUGAGUUAACUCAAUUAAUUGAGGGCCUAAAAAAUAGCGGCAAUAAUAACACGGCGAUGGGCCUGGCGCUCACCAAUUUCAAUGCAACUAGCAGCAGUCUACUAACUACCACCACAGCUGCCAUAACCACACUUUACGGCUGGGCAACACGUCUGAAAUGCCGUAAUAUCACAGUGAAAUGCUCAAAACCAACACGUAUCAACAUUCGAAAUUUCGCAACCGCAACCACACUGUUGCUUAUCAAUCUAACCACCUCCACGAUGAUGCCACACACAACCAAUGAGCCAAGCACUUGGCCACCCAUGUUAACUACUCUAGCCAGCACAAUACCAUCUACAACAGAAAUCGAUACAACAACAGCUUCGACUCAACCACCAGAAACAACAUUGUCCACAAAAGUGGAUUACACUGACACAAGCGGAAACACCAACGCACAAACGGAGACUACAGAAUCAUCUACUACGCCACAGUCCACGUCAACUACUACCUCCGCGCCAGGUAGUGAUAGUUUCUUCGAUUAUAUGGAUUAUUUUGUGGGCAUGCCACUCGAGCUGAGUGAUUCGUUGGAGGAGAUGGUUAGCGCCACAGAGACGACGCGUAGCAGUUUAAGCGGAGCGACUGAAAAUGUGCGCCGUACCAGAACAUUGAGCCGCAAACCUAGACAAGCUGUACUGUCAAGUGCGGAUGAGACGACACAAAGAUCGGUGCGAGGAAGAUACAGUCGACGACGCAAUGAACAGCGCGGACAAAGCAGCGGAGAAAAUGAAGACUACACCGACAGCAGCGCAACGACGACUACUAUAGCAGCACCGUCAACAUCUACGCCAAUCGACGACUUCGGUAAUGCAAUCCCGAUUUUAAUUAAUUCACAAGAACAAGAUGAAGUAUUACAGUCACCACAAAAUGAAUCAUUACCGGCGUUACAUGUCAAUACAAAAUUACUGGAUGAAGUGUUGGCUUAUUUCACAAGUUCAACAUCAACCGUUGAGCCGCCGACCACAAGGUUACCACCCACCAAAAUGACAGACGCAACGACAACAACAGCAACAACAACAACUAAUACAGAGCUUCCAUAUAGCAGCACACCGUAUUUCAUAGCCGAAGAUGACAUACUCGACGAAUCCUCAGACACCGUCAAUUAUGACGCUAAUGAAAUCGAUGAUGAAAAUUUCGAAACUUGUAUUCGCACCAUUUGCGAUCCAUAUCCGGACGAAAAUUACAGUAGCACUGAGAUAGAUAUAACCACUAUACCGACCACAACCACAUUGACACCGAUGGAGACUUAUGAAGUGAAAUUGAAUAGGGUGAAGUCGGAUAUACAGGAGGUACAGCGCAAUUUGACUAGCAUGUGCUGGGAAACGUCCCUGGGUCAGGAGCUCGCAAAGGUUAUCGUUUCAGAUGGGCUAUUGUCGCUUUUUGCUCCUCUAUGUGUUGACUUUCUGCGCGCUCUGUUUGUGCGUUACCUCAAUCAACACUGGUGCUGGGAUAUGGAGAAAACAUUUCCUCAGUAUGGCGACUUCAAAAUCGCCGAGAAUAUUUUAAAUUUGAUUAUCAAUCAAGGACAAGUAUGGAUGGGUAUAUUUUUUUCACCCGGUUUGGUACUGGUCAGCCUAGUCAAAUUGAUGAUAUUGAUGUAUUUUCGCUCGUGGAUAGUCCUUACGUGCAACGUGCCACAUGAGGUUGUGUUUAAAGCUUCCAAGUCCAACAAUUUCUAUCUCGCACUGCUGCUAACGAUGCUCUUUCUCUGUGUGCUACCGGUAAGUUAUGCAAUUGUGUGGUUGCGCCCUUCAUGGCACUGUGGCCCAUUCUCUAACUACAAUCGAAUCUCAGAAUUCGUUACUAAUGCGACGAGGGAGGCACUGCCCAAGGAGCUACAUAGACCUAUGAGUUAUUUGACUUCGGCGAGCACUGUGAUACCACUGCUACUGCUACUAAUACUGAUCAUCUAUUAUCUGGUAUCAUUGACGGGUGCGUUACGAGAGGCUAACCAAGAUUUGAGAACACAGCUGCAAAAAGAGCGCGAGGAAGAACGCAAGAAAAUAUUUAAGGUACCUGAAACAAAGCCGUCUGAGAAUAGUGCAGCGGCAUUAAGCAGUCGAUGGCGUAAAGUACUUGAGGCUUCAUCGCCAAUCACAACAACACCUCCGCCAGAUUUCGAUAGUGAGGAAUACAAAAACCAAGCCAGGAAAGAAUUGAUUUCUCGCAUCAUGAAGGAAGCCCUACGCAAGGGAUCUGCCACAUCAGAUGAUGAUUCCGUUAAUCGGCAUGGCCGCGAAGAUGACGAUACGGACACUGAACACCACGACUCACUGCCACACGACGAGGAUGGAAGAGACAAAAAUUUGGGGUUAACGAAAUUACAACAAAUCAGGCGCACACGCAAACCUUCGCUUGUAGACAUAGUACAAAUGGCCAAAACCGAGAGAGAGCGGGAGCAACGUGCCUCUCUUUCGGUGAAAGGAAGAAGUAAAAGUGAGAAACACGGCAAGAAGGAUAAAGAAAAAGAGAAAAACAAGGAAAAGGAAGGUCGACAUGAAACUAUUGAGGACAAAACGAAAGGUAGUGAUAUAAAAAAUGGAAAAAUCAAUGAUGCAAAAUUGGAGACAGUUAAGACCAAAGAAAAUGAAGGCGAUCAUGAGAAAAAAGAAGAUAGAGGCAAAGAAAGAGGUAGCGGAAGGAUGAAAAGCAAAUAUUUCAAUAAGGAUAAAAACGGGGAUGCAACACUUCAAACGGACUAUACAAACGACAAGAGCAAUGGUAAAAACAAAUGCAAUACUGAUAGCAAAAGCAAAACCACUCUAAACCAAAAGGAUCAAACCAAAAGUGAUAACAUGCCAGGACAUCAGAUAGAUACUGACAACGAUCCGGAUACCAAUUCUCGCGUAGUAAAUGAACGCAGACAAAGUUUGCUGCGUAAAAGACAUGAAGAAAAUCAGCCCGCGAAAGUUCAAAACACUCCCUACGCUGCCACCAUCUCAAGUAGCCAAGCAACGGCUCAAGACCAAUCACCCAACGAUGAAGCGAAAAAUAGUAACUUUGAAAUAAUAGAUGAGAAGAAACCGAAAACUAACACUGAACGCGAUCUGCCACCACCAAAGCAUCGCACAUUCAGCUUACGCGGUGGUACAUUUAAAUUCCGUCGCCCAAAACAAAAGACAGCCAAGACGCCAACAGAAGCGCAUAUCUUCAAAUUUGAUGAGGAAUCUGUUGAGACCACGAAUAAUGGCAAAAUCUGGAAACACACUACAGAUCCUCCACGAAGUGCAACGCCUCCAGCCUCCCACCGGAUAUAUGAUGGUCUAACAACUCCUACAUUUGUUAAUCCAGAAAAGCUUUUGAAUCUCUCGCGUCAAGGCCGCAAGAAAAUCGGUACACUCUUUGCACUUGUCCGCGACACAGUAAACACGAAGUGGAAUGAUGACGAACAAUCGCCUGAUGAAGGUGCGAUACCCACCACGGCAGAAUUUUCAAAUAUUCUUCCUCCAAUAAACAAUAAUAAUGUUGAUGCAGUCGCAAUCGAGAUACCACCAUCACCUGAGAUUGAAACAUCAACCGAACCGCAAUUCCCUACAAUCACUGUAUUAUCGAAAAAUACAGAACCAAAUUAUCCAUUAGAGGAUCAAGCUACUGCAAAAUGUAUCACUUCAGCCGAUCCGGAAGAGCUGGAUAAACCCGGCCCCAUAAGUUACCCUCCGCUCAAAGUAACACAACGCCGCAAGCCCAUUGAGCGUUCACAAGCCACACGUCAGGACUCACAAACUUCCGUUUGGUCCGAUAAUAUACCAACUAUAACAAUCAGUACAACAGGCAGUGAUGAGUGUAUCGCUCAAACAGACCCCGAAAAGGAGUUGCCACCAUCAGCUACAUCAGUCACAGCAGACGCUCCUCUCAAAGAGAGCGUGGUUAUGACUGUUACAAAAUCAGCACCACCAACUUCCGACCCAGAAGUGAAAGUCAUUAAAAUUAACAUUGAAAACAAAUAAAUUAUUGAAGAAUUGUAAAAACGAAUACUUUCUAUAGAA